GGUCCAAUUUAUAAUAACGUCACUCGGCCAGUCCGUCAAAAUUCACCUCAACCCUACCAACAGCAACAACAACAACAACAACCACUACAACAAGUUUAUCAACAAUCCCCAACACAACAGCAAAACCAAUCACCAUACCAACAACACUAUGAACCACCCCAACAGCCCAUACAAUACACUCAAGCCCAANUUGAGCCAUUUUAUCCGAGCUAUGGUCAACAACAGCAACACCAGCAACAGCUAGCUCCUCAGUAUCGUGCCACAUCAUACGAUCAAUAUCAACCUCAACCUCAACAAUAUCAGCCACAUCAGGGCUCACAGCCUCCUUAUAGCCAACAGCCCUACUAUCAGCCGCCGCAGCAGCAGCCAUCUUGGGCGCAUAAUCAGCCAAGUCAGCAAUAUCAGACAGUGCAGGCGCCUUAUCAACAGGCACCGUCUCAACAACAACAACAACAAUAUCAAGCGCCUCCUCUAUCUAAUUAUCAAUCGCAACCAUAUCAUCAACAACAAUAUCAAGCACCUCCUCAACAUCAACAACCACAACCCCAGCAAUAUUCGAAUGUGCCACAAUCCAAUCAAUAUAAUUCUUAUUCACAGCCACAACAACAACAACCACCCGUUGGCCAAGAUCAGCCCGAUCGUCGUACACCGGCUCAACAACAACCUCUGCCACAAGAUUAUCGCGGCGGCAGUCCUGGAAUAAUUACGUUGCGCAAGGAGGCGCCUGUUACGCAGAGGCCAGCACCGGUUUACAACUCACAACCAGCGGCCGUUAGCUUUCAAGGAGGCACCAAUAUGCGCGGUGACUUGAAGUGGCCCCCACCGGAAUACAAGGAAGCCGCGGUGCGGGAAAACGAAGAACGCCGCAAAUUGGCUUUGGGACCGGUAUGCCGCCCACGGAAAGUCAAUCGCGACUACACAACGUUCUUUGCUAAAAAUGCACUGAACAGCUACUAUCCCAGCUACAAAGUACCACCAGGUACACAGCAUAUGCUAGCCUAAAAAAAAAUGGAAUACACAGCUGGAAUGAAAGACCCUGCAAGCAAAGGAAGAACACAAAUGCACAAAUAAAAGAAAAUAAAAAAUAUAUUACAAUGAAAAAAUACCACAAAAAAAAAAUAUAUGAAAGAGAGAAAAAUAACGAACAAAAAAAUGUUACUAAUGGUACAUUUUAACGAAAUGAAAGAAACAUCAACUAAUCACGAACUAACCAAAAAUAAAGCCCUCAAUGGGUAGAUAACAAAUUAUAGAAUUUUAUUUAUUAUUUACUUAUAUUAAUUAUGAAGCAUAAAAAAUUAAAAAAAAAAAACUACGCCAAAUAUAAACUAACGAAUUUUGUUCUCAAAUCUGUACAUUAUGAAACAAGAAGACGAAAGAAGAAAAAAAUAGAUCCCUUAAGGAAUAAACACAAUGCUAUGGAGUGAGUAGAAAUCUCAAAGGAGCUCUGCGGCUGUACGGCUGUGCUCAACGAAGCUGAGGUACGUUAAAAACUGCAAAUUGAUACACGGUACUUGACACCUACAACAACUACGCGUGCCACGGAUUCAAUGAAACACAAGCUGUAAUAGCGGUAAUGAACCUGCAGUGCACUUUUUUUUGUAUAGCUAAAAAGUUUUUAUUAUUUAAAAUGCUUUUAUUUCUUCCUUUUUUAUUUUGAAACACGAAUGUGGUGAAUUUGUUGGAUUGCCAGCAUUUACAUGUACGAAAGUAAGUUAAAUGCUGGCGGAAAAAAUUUUAAUUUUUUUUUUUAACUUAGAUAUAGGAAAAAACAAACGACGUCCACUCGAUGUAAAUUAGUUUUGUAUACAUAAAUACUUGGAAGCUUGCGGAGGUGAGUACGCUCACUUUUGUAGGUGAAAAACGUACAAGCGCGUUCUUGCAAAAUCAGAACGCAAAAAAAUGAGUUUUCAAAUUCAACUUUUUAAUUCAGCUGGUACUCUUAAUACCAAUUACAACUGGAAAGAGGAAAAUAUCACAACUUUAAACUGAAAACUGAAGAAAUUUAAAAAAAUAAAAUCUUUGUUGCGAACUUUGGCUUACCGAACUAUGGUUUUAAGUGAUUUUGACACAACGGAUAAUUUUUUAAUACUAACAACUUCUUGGAAAAGUAAAAUCCUCGGAAGUUGUGUUUUACUUUGUUUUUUUUUUUUUAAUUUGGUUCAUGGUUUAAUAAAAUGCAAAAAUAUUUUAUUUAUUUUAAUUUUAAACUUGUUAUUGCAUAAUGAAAAAAAAAUCUAAAAAAAAAAAUAUAAUAAAUAAAAAUUAAUAUAUUAAAACAAUAUAUUGAAUAUUAGUUUUCUCCAUUUAUUAUUAAGUAAAAAGAGCAUACCUAGUAACUAGUAAAAGCAGCCGGUUCGACGAACAGCACCAGGUUGCCAACUUUAGUUCUUAAGCGUAUUAAUGAAAUAGAAAAAAAAAACAUACUAUACACAUAUGAAUGUGUACAUAUAUAGGGAAGCAUAUUCACAGGAGCAGCGUAAACUUACGCACGAGCUUUCACUUCUGCUUCUGUGUGUUUACAAACACUAAGCUAUAUUUACAUAUAAAUACACAAAAAUGUGAAAGCUAUGUAACAAUUUAGCUUAUAUACAUACAUAGCUAUUGGAUGCUAUUAAGAAAUAUACUCAAACAAUUACACAUCACCCAAAAUUGAGCAAAAAAAUUUUGAGCGAAAAAAUAUUUAGUUAGACAAAAAAAAAACUUUGUCGGCACACUCAUUGCAUUAACUCAGUUUAACGCCUUUUGUGCCUUUUGGCGUGGCUACCUACGGCAGGUGAGCGUACGCCCUGCAGACUGUAACUUUUUAACACCGAGGAUGCCAUUAUAGCCUUUAGGGCCCGCCAGCUUGCCUUAAGUUUGCUACGCCCGCUCGCACUUUUGAGCGUCUAUACUGAACAUGUAAAUUAAAGAAUGAAUUUAUAUUUUUUUUUUUAUAAAUCCAACAAUCUCACAUGCAUAUAUAUUUUCAAAUAUGCACAUCUUAUGUGUGUAUUUGUAUUUUAUAGUAUGCACUCGAAACGAACUACCGGCAAAUUCGUACUGGCUUUACGACUCGAUUAUGACA